GUGUAAGAGUGAAGGCGCAGCUUCGCAAUUACACCGCGGAACAGAGGAGAGAGAGAGAGAGGGGGAAAAAUGAUUAAUCUGUCAAAGGCGAAUUUGUGUUCGGGACGAGACCGCUCUGACAUUCAGCCGACCGGAACCAAGCCCACAGGCGAGCACAAUUAAUGCACAGGAAUUUGCGAUCAAGCUGAUGCACUGCCAUAGCAGGUGGCGCUUGUAUAAUCGUCCAGGGUCUCGUCACUUGUCGUUGCUGCCCGAGCUGCGCGUCGUUUCAGCACUGGACAGCGACCGGGACCACAGGACACCGAAAACACCGAGUGAAUCCUGAGGCGGGUCGGACCGACCCUCGCUUGGCUCGGGGCAAUGUGCGGCUAGAUGACUUCACUAGCCUCCAUCAACAAGCACCGCGGUAUCCCGGACUAAUAUAGCAGCGCCACAUCCCCCCCCUCCCCUCCUCUCUCUCUCUCUCCAUUCUCAUUCGCUGAUCCCGAGUCCACCCGUCUAAAGGCACCAUGGGAAACCGUGGCAUGGAGGAUUUGAUCCCUCUGGUCAACAAGCUGCAGGAUGCCUUCAGCUUCAUCGGCCAGGCCUGCAACCUGGACCUGCCGCAGAUCGCAGUGGUCGGCGGUCAGAGUGCAGGGAAGAGCUCCGUGCUGGAGAACUUUGUAGGCAGGGACUUUCUGCCCCGUGGAUCUGGUAUUGUCACCCGCAGGCCCCUGGUUCUGCAGCUUAUCAGCGCCACUGCAGAAUGGGCUGAAUUCCUCCAUUGCAAAGGGAAGAAGUUCACAGACUUCGAUGAGGUUCGCACAGAGAUCGAGGCCGAGACGGACCGUGUCACAGGGGCCAACAGAGGCAUAUCUCCCGUCCCCAUCAACCUGCGUGUUUACUCUCCUCACGUGCUCAACCUGACUCUCAUCGACCUGCCGGGGAUCACUAAGGUGCCGGUUGGAGAUCAGCCCGUCGACAUCGAGCAGCAGAUCCGGGAGAUGAUCAUGCAGUUCAUCACCAGAGAGAGCUGCUUGAUCCUGGCUGUCACUCCGGCCAACUCUGACCUGGCCAACUCUGAUGCUCUCAAACUGGCGAAGGAUGUCGAUCCACAGGGUCUGAGGACUAUUGGAGUAAUCACCAAACUGGAUUUGAUGGACGAGGGCACAGAUGCCCGAGAAAUAUUGGAGAACAAGUUGCUGCCGCUGCGAAGAGGUUAUAUUGGAGUGGUGAAUCGCAGUCAAAAGGACAUCGAUGGGAAGAAAGAUAUCAAGGCAGCACUGGAGGCUGAGAGGAAGUUCUUCUUGUCCCACUCAUCAUACAGGCACAUGGCUGAGAAAAUGGGCACCCCACGACUGCAGAGAGUGCUCAACGAGCAAUUGACCAACCACAUCCGGGACACCCUGCCAGCUUUCCGCAGCAAGCUGCAGUCCCAGCUGUUGGAUCUGGACAAGGAGGCCGAGGAAUACCGGGGAUACCGACCUGAUGACCCGUCCCGCAAAACCAAGCAGCUGUUGCAGAUGGUGCAGCAGUUCUCUGUGGACUUUGAGAAAAGGAUUGAGGGCUCAGGGGAUCAGGUGGACACAGUGGAGCUGUCUGGUGGAGCAAAAAUCAACCGCAUCUUCCAUGAGCGUUUCCCCUUUGAGCUAGUCAAGAUGGAGUGUGAUGAGAAGGAGAUGCGUCGUGAGAUCAGUUAUGCCAUCAAAAACAUCCACGGUAUCAGGACUGGACUUUUCACCCCAGACAUGGCGUUUGAGGCAAUUGUGAAGAAGCAGGUCAUAAAGCUGAAGGGACCCUGCGUCAAGUGUGUGGACAUGGUCAUCCAGGAACUGAUCAACACUGUGCGCCAGUGCUCCGACAAGCUGGAUUGCUUCCCCAUGCUGCGCGAGGAAACUGAGAGAAUUGUGACUACACAUAUCCGAGACAGAGAGGGUCGGGCCAAGGACCAGGUUCUGCUGUUGAUAGACAUCCAGCUCUCAUACAUCAACACUAACCACGAAGACUUCAUUGGCUUUGCUAAUGCACAGCAGCGGAGCAGUCAGACUAAUAAGAGCCAGAGUUCAGCCGUAAAUCAGGCCUCCUCUCCUCCAGCAUCAGGCCUGAUUGUCAUUCGCAAAGGCUGGCUGACCAUCAACAACAUCAGCAUCAUGAAGGGAGGAGCCAAGGAGUACUGGUUUGUGCUGACUGCCGAGAGCUUCUCCUGGUUUAAGGAUGACGAGGAGAAAGAGAAGAAGUACAUGCUCCCUCUGGACAACCUGAAGGUCCGCGAUGUGGAGAAGAGUUUUAUGUCCAGCAAGCACAUAUUCUGUAUUUUCAAUACAGAGUCAAGGAAUGUGUACAAGGACAACCGCACCCUGGAGUUGGCCUGUGACGCUCAGGAUGAUGUGGAAAGCUGGAAAUCUUCUCUCCUACGUGCCGGGGUCUAUCCUGAGAAAGUCAUGGCGGUUGAGAGUGAGACCACCGCCGCCACAGAGAAUUUCUCUAUGGACCCUCAGCUGGAGCGUAAAGUGGAAACCAUUCGUAACCUGGUGGACUCCUACAUGGCUAUUGUCAACAAGUGCAUCCGGGACCUCAUGCCCAAGGCCAUCAUGCAUCUCAUGAUCAACAAUGUCAAGGACUUCAUCAAUGCAGAGCUGUUGGCCCAGCUGUACUCUGCAGGUGACCAGAAUGCCUUGAUGGACGAGUCCCAGGAGCAGGCCCGGAGGAGGGAUGAGGUGCUGAGGACCCACCAGGCCCUGAAGGAGGCCCUGGCCAUCAUUGGUGAUAUCUCCACCUCCACCAUCACCGUCCCCAUGCCUCCGCCUGUUGACAACUCCUGGGUGGGAGGUCCAGGUGGUGCUCGAAGGUCUCCUCCAUCCAGCCCCACUGCCUCCAGGAGGAUGUCCUCAGGCCAGCGCCCGGCUCCCCGAGGGGCCCCGCCACCACCAAACCGCCCAGGACCCCUGGGGCCCUUCAAUAACACUGCUGACAGCCCUCAGGCGCCCAGCCGCCCAAACAGGGCCCCUCCUAGCAUCCCCAGCCGGCGGCCCCCGCCAUCUCCCACAAGACAAGCCCCACCGUAAACAUCUAAAUGGGUUCCUCACACACUUAUCUCCCUCCCUCAUCUACUCCAUCCCUCCUCUACUAGCCAUGGCUCUGCCGUCCCGGUCCCUCCUUAGUGCAGACACUGACGUCUUUGACCCCUUGACCCUGAAUUCCCUGCCAGGUGACGAUGUCCAUAUAUCUAUGUACAGUAUGGUACUUGUAUUGUGGUGUAUGUGUACAUGUGCUUGUUGCUCGCCUGUGGUCCAGGUUUGCUUAGCAGAUCCACUACCCAGUAUCAGUCCCUGGAACCUCAAUCCCCCCCCCUCUCUCACAAACCCCUCAUCAAGUCAGCCACUUGCUGCUUCUACAUAAAAAUAUGCUCAGCAGCUGCACUGCCCUACUCAUUCCAAAAUGCAGCAUGGCACAUAAGCUGCUUUUAUUGCAUGGGAGUGUGUACUGUAUGUAGAGUGCGUGUGCGUGUGUUUUGUGUGUAUGUAUACGGGGGAGGGACUAAUUUGCCUAUAUGUAGGCUGGGUUUGAUUUAGUAUUGUAUUAAUUUAUUGUAUAAUGCCCCCUUCAGUGUUAAUUAUCAGCUUAAUGUUCUCUUAGGAACAGAAGUUGUAUCUUAGUAUGUGUGCGUGUAUGUGCGUGUUUGUGUGAGAGUAACUCUGUGUACGUGUGUGCGAGUGUGUGAGGACAUGUGUGCAUGUGCUGUCCGUCUGCAUGUUUGUUGGCGUUUCAUUUGUAUUUGUUUUCAUGGUCAAAGCUGUUAAUGAUGAAUCAUAAAACCCUCGGGGGUAAAUUUAAUGUUGGACUUUUGUGAGUUGUUCCUGUGUUGUAGUAGCAGCCACACACACAUAGCAAGGCUGAGGAGCACCGUCAGUAUUCUCUAUAUGGAAACAGCCUCAAUAAUACAUUUAACCUUGUCAUAGGUGUCCACCUGUGCUGUAUCAAUGGUCAAGUUGUGACCCUUGCAGCCUUAAGCUCAGGUUCAGAUGCUGACCUGUGAGACGGAAAAAAAACAAGAACAACUUAACACAAGUUCCUUCUUGAACGAACAAAGAACAUGUUUCCAUUUAGCCUUUUUCUCAGGUUUGAAACUUGCAACUCCAUGCCCAUCACAAACUAGCGCUCUUUCUCUUUUCUCAACUCUUCUAGUCUCUCGUAUUUCCUCUUCUCUCACAACCAUCGAAGCUAGUCAGUCAGCAUCUCCAUCAGAGCUUAAGGUGGUAUUGUCAAUGUUCAAGUGCUUCUCUGUCAGUUUGUUAUUGUGUAUGUGGGCCUAAACUGUGUUCUGAUGUAUAUAGGUAAUGAUAAGGAGAUACUGUACCCGUGGACUAUUAAGACCUCAUCACGGAUCCUAGCGCUUUAAUCGUUCUCUGUGUCUCUAUUCACUAAAUGCUCUCUUCUCUCUAAUUUAGACUGCCUUACCGGCAUGAGUUACAAUUCUGUAUUGCCAAAGCUAAAUGUAGAAAGAGAAUUGGAAAGUUGAAGAAAAUAAAUAUAAUGUGCUGAAGAACAACAACGAAAUGGUUCCAGUUAAAGUGAGAUGGCAUUGUUUAGCAGAGGGCAUAAUGGUAAACUGGGGAAUUGCAUCAGUUGUUAUUUUUUGUGUCUCUGUAUCGCUCCUCAAUAAACUUCUUCCUCAUAAUGUC